UUCCUUCAACCGCGACCUGACGCGACAAUCCAGUACAUCCCAUAAAUGCCGGACGUGAUCCUCGUUACUGGUGGCACGGGGCUUGUAGGAAAAGCGAUUGAGCACGUGAUCAAUACAGAGCCGGAAGGAUCGCGCUUUGGCAAGAAACCUGGGGAGAAAUGGAUAUUUGCCAGUUCGUCUGAAGCAGAUCUCAGGGACUCCAAGGAGACGUUGAAGCUAUUUGAGAAGUAUAAGCCUACACAUGUUAUCCAUCUUGCCGCGCUGGUGGGGGGGUUGUUCAAGAACAUGAAGUACAAGCUCACCUUCCUCCGGGACAACAUUCUCAUCAACGAUAACGUACUGCAUACCGCCCACAUCUGCAAAACCGCCAAGGUCAUCUCAUGCCUUUCUACUUGCGUCUUCCCGGACGAAGUGACCUACCCUCUUGAUGAGACCAAGAUUCAUUCGGGUCCUCCUCACGAGUCCAAUUUCGGUUACGCGCACGCGAAAAGGAUGGUCGACGUGCAAAACCACGCCUACAAGGAAGAAUUUGGGUGCAAUUUUACCUCUGCCAUCCCGACUAACGUUUUCGGUCCUCACGACAACUUCGAUCUGGAAGACUCGCACGUUAUACCCGGUCUGAUUCACAAAUGCUAUCUCGCGAAGAAGAAUAAGACACCUUUUGUGGUGGCCGGGACCGGAAAGCCUCUCCGGCAGUUCAUCUACUCUUACGAUCUCGCCAAGCUCUUCAUAUGGCAACUGCGCGAAUAUGAUGACGUCGAACCCAUCAUUUUCUCAGUGGGAGAGGAUGAGGAGGUCUCAAUCAAGCAGGUAGCAGACGCCAUCGUCAAAGCUGUCGGCUUCGAGGGAGAGUACACCUUCGACACUACCCGUGCCGAUGGCCAGUUCCGAAAGCCCGCUUCCAACAAGAAGCUUCUCGCAGAGAUUGGUGGUUUUGUGUUCACGCCCUUUGACCAGGCACUUCAAACGACUGUCGAGUGGUUCUUGCAAAAUUACCAAACGGCGAGGACGGGCUCCAAGGCGUGAAGUGGCGACGCGCUUGGAUGUGAUGUUGACAUUGGCCUGAUAUGUUUGGAAAACAGCUUCGAGUUCGGCCGGAUGGACGCGGAGAGCUCGUAGACAAUGACAUACUCCCUAGCUCAGGUCGCGGGCCGGUCAAGUAUAGUAUCGUGAUUGCUGCCAAAUAUAGAUCUGGGGAAUGGAUGGCUGUGCUCAUACGUAGCUCGUAAACGAUCGGAUGCAAAUCGG